AUGACUACUCUAGUUGAACAAUUAUACAACAUAGAUAAAUUGCGCGAAUGCAAGUAUCUAAAUGCUGCAGCAUGGGUGGUGUUUACGUUCGGUGUGUCAAAGGUCUUGUUUUUGUCCUUAAACUUCGCUAAGAUGCUUUUGGACCUUUUUGUUAUUCCAGGUCCUAACUUCAAGAAAUACGGUAAGGGUAAGGGUGCCUAUGCUGUGGUUACUGGUGCCAGUGAUGGUAUCGGUAAGGAGUACGCAAAACAAUUGGGUAAACGUGGUUUCAACUUGAUUUUGAUCAGCAGAACUGAAUCUAAGUUGGUAGCUUUAAAGCAAGAAAUCGAGAAUGAAUGUAAGAUUGAUGUCAAGACUUUAGCUAUUGAUGUCAGCGCAGACACCAAGGAAAACUAUGCUUUAAUCAGAGAAGUUUGUUCUGGCCUACCUGUUACUGUCUUGAUCAAUAACGUUGGUAAAUCUCACUCUAUUCCAGUUCCAUUUGAUGAAACUGAAGAAUCCGAAUUGAGAGAUAUUAUUACCAUCAACAACACUGCUACUUUGAUGAUAACUCAAACUUUGCUACCACAAUUGAAAGCUAGUGUUAAGACUUUGAAGUGUCGCGGGUUGAUUUUGACGAUGGGUUCCUUCGGUGGGUUACUCCCAACUCCAUUCUUGGCUACUUACAGUGGUUCUAAGGCAUUUCUCCAGAGUUGGUCUAAUGCUUUAGCCGGAGAACUAUCCAGAGACUCUAUUGAUGUUGAAUUGGUUUUGUCCUACUUGGUUACAAGUGCCAUGUCCAAGAUUAGAAGAUCAAGUGCUCUCAUUCCUAACCCUAAGAACUUUGUUAAAUCUGCUUUGAACUCCAUUGGAAAACGCGGUGGUGCCCAAGAGCGUUAUGCUACCACUACUCCUUACUGGUCUCAUGCUUUCUACCACUUUAUUAUUGUCAACACUGUAGGCGUUUACUCUAAGAUAGCUAAUAGCAUUAACUACUCUUUCCAUUUGAGUAUCAGAAAGAGAGCCUUGAAGAAGGCUGCGAGACAAGCGAAGAAAGAAUAA